AUGCUGUUCCCAUCUCUCGCCAUGCUCGCUGCGGUGAGCAGCUUGCUGUCAUUCGCGACGGCGCACAACAUCCAAAUGAAGGCCCACCAGCGCGAAUGCUUCCACGAGUCCCUCCACAAGGACGACAAGAUGACAGUCACGUUCCAAGUCGGCGACCGGGAGUUUGGCGGCAGCGGAAACUUGGAGAUCGAUUUCUGGAUCGAGACGCCCUCUCGAAGCUACCAAGUCCACGAACGCGGCGUAUCCUCCGGCGACCACUCCUUCGACGCCAAAGAAGACGGCAAAUACACAUACUGCUUUAACAACGAGCACUGGGGUGCGAACACGAAGGAGGUUUCGUUCAACGUGCACGGCAUUGUUUACGUCCCUGAAUCGGAAGCCCCCCAAGACCCAUUGGAGAAGGAGGUGCGAACAAUGUCGGAACUUGUCUCCCAGGUCAAGGACGAGCAGAGCUACAUCAUCGUGCGCGAGCGUGUACACAGGAAUACUGCUGAGAGCACGAACGCGCGCAUCAAGUGGUGGAGCAUCUUCCAGUUGAUGGUACUCAUCGGCCAGGGGUUCUUCCAGGUGUGGUGGCUCAAACGGUUCUUUGAGGUCAAGCGUGUUGUUUAG